AUGCCCCCCCCGCGCUGCCUGCACUGCUCGCGCCCCCCGGCGCUGCUGCGCCCGCGCUGCGGCUCCCCCCUUUGCCGCGGCUGCUUCGUGCGGCGCUUCGAGGCCGAAGCCCUUCGCUCCCUGGCGCCGGGCUCCCGCCCGCCCGCGCCGGGUCCCGGCGCCACCGUGGCCGUGGCCGCAUCCGGCGGGAAGGACUCGACGGUGCUGAGCCACCUCCUGCAGCGCUUCGCCCCGCGCCUGGGCUGGCGCCUGGCGCUGGUCUCGGUGGACGAGGGCAUCGCCGGGUACCGGGAGGCGGCGCUGGCGGCCGUGCGCAGGGGCCGCGGCUCCCCCCCGCUCCUCGUGCUCUCCCACCGGGAGCUGUUCGGCUGGAGCGUGGAUGAGCUGGGGCCGGCGCUAGGACCCGGCUCCCGCUGCACCUUCUGCGGCGUCAUGAGGAGGCAGGCGCUGGAGAGGGCGGCCCGGCUGCUGGGCGCCGACUGGAUCGCCACUGGGCACAACGCCGACGACAUCGCUGAGACCGUCCUGAUGAACUUCCUGCGCGGGGACGUGGCGCGGCUGCGGCGCACGGCCACCGAGGCCACCGGCGGCACCGGGGACCCCACGGGGACCUCCAGGGACACCGGGGACACCAUAGAGACCUCCAGUGACCCCAUAGAGACCUCCAGUGACCCCAUAGGGACCUCCAGUGACACCGUAGGGACCUCCAGGAGCUCUGGGACCACCAAGAACCCCAUGGAGAGCACCAGAAACCCCAUGGGAGACACCCCGGAGGCUGCUGUGAGGUCCAUGGAGAUCAGUGCAGGCUCUGUGACCACCGAGGACCCCAUGGACACCACCAAGAACCCAAUGGAAGCCAUCAAGAACCCAAUGGAAGCCAUCAAGACCCCAAUGAAGACCCCCAUAAACCCCAUGGACACCACCAAGAACCCCAUCAACACCACCCCAGACCUUAUAGAGACCCUGAUGAGCUUCAUGAAGGUCCUUAUGGGGUCUCCAGCCACCCCAAACCCUAUGGAAACCACCCCAAACCCCACAGAAACCACCCCAAACCCCACAGAAACCACCCCAAACCCCAUAGACACCACCCCAAACCCCAUAAAGACCACCAAGAACCCAAUGAAGACCCCCAAGAACCCCACGGACACCCCCAUAAACCCCAUAGACACCACCAAGAACCCCAUAGACACCACCCCAGACCCUAUAGAGACCCUGAUGAGCUUCAUGAAGGUCCCUAUGGGGUCUCCAACCACCCCAAACCCCAUAGACACCACCCCAAACCCCAUAAAUACCACCCCAAACCCCAUGGACACCACCAAGAACCCAACGAAGCCCAUCAAGAACCCAGUGAAGACCCCCAAGAACCCCAUAGCCACCACCCCAGACCCGGUAGAGACCCUGAUGAGUUUCAUGAAGGUCUCUAUGGGGUCUCCAACCACUCCAAACCCCAUAGAAACCACCCCAAACCCCAUAGACACCACCCCAAACCCCAUAAAUACCACCCCAAACCCCAUAGAAACCACCCCAAACCCCAUAAAGACCACCCCAAACCCCGUGGACACCACCCCAGACCCUAUAGAGACCCUGAUGAGUUUCAUGAAGGUCCCUAUGGGGUCUCCAACCACCCCAAACCCCAUAGACACCAUCAAGAACCCAAUGAAGACCCCCAUAAACCCCAUGGACACCACCAAGAACCCCAUAGGCACCACCCCAAACCCCAUAAAUACCACCCCAAACCCCAUGGACACCCCCAAGAACCCAACGAAGCCCAUCAAGACCCCAACGAAGACCCCCCUAAACCCCACAAACACCCCCAAGAAGCCCCUCAAGACCCCAGCGGAGCCCCCUCAGGCCAGCGGGAAGCCCUCGGGGGCGCCGUGGCCGCCGGUGCCGCGGUGCAAGCCGCUGCGCCACGCCUACGAGAAGGAGAUCGUGCUCUACGCCUACUUCCAGGGCUUGGAGUACGUGAGCACCGAGUGCGUGUACGCGCCGCAGGCCUUCCGCGGCCACGCCAGGGCCCUGCUCAAGGAGCUGGAGGCCGCCAGGGCCCCGGCCGUGGCCGCCCUGGGCCACUCGAGCCGCCGGCUGCGGGUGGGUGCUGAGGGCGGCGGCAGGGUGCUGGGCGCCUGCCGCAGGUGCGGGUUCGCCGCCAGCCGGGAGCUGUGCAAGGCCUGCGUGCUCCUGGCCGCCCUAGAGAGGGGCAGGCCCAAGGUGGGGCUGGGGAAGAGGGCGCUGGAGGUGGCCAAGGAGGAGGGGGAUGGGGGGAGGGGUGGGGGGUGGGGGGGUGUGGUUGUAGGGGUGAGGGUCAUGGGCAUGGGGGCUAUGGGGCGGGUAGUUGUGGGGCUGGGGGUCAUGGGGGUAAUGGGGAUGGGGGCUAUGGGGUGUGUGGUUGUAGGGGUGAGGGUCAUAGGGGUGAUGGGCAUGGAGAUGGUGGCCAUAGGGGUGAUGGGCAUAGGGAUGGGGGCUAUGGGGAUGGGGGCUAUGGGGUGUGUGGUUGUAGGGCUGGGGGUCAUGGGGGUGAUGGAUAUGGGGAUGGGGGCAAUGGGGUGUGUAGUUGUAGGGCUGGGGGUCAUAGGGGUGGUGGGCAUGGAGAUGGUGGCCAUAGGGGUGGUGGAUAUGGGGAUGGGGGCAAUGGGGUGUGUGGUUGUAGGGGUGAGGGUCAUAGGGGUGGUGGGCAUGGAGAUGGUGGUCAUGGACCUGAUGGCCAUAGGGGUGAGGGACAUGGGGAUGGUGGUGGCCAUAGGGAUGGUGAUCAUGGAGCUGAUGGCCAUAAGGGUGAAGGAGGUCAUGGUCAUGGGGAUGGAGGCUAUGGGGCGUGUAGUUGUAGGGCUGGGGGUCAUGGGGGUGAUGGGCAUGGGGAUGUUGGCCAUAGGGGUGAUGGACGUGGGGAUGGGGGCAAUGGGGAUGGGGGCUAUGGGGCGUGUAGUUGUAGGGCUGGUGGCCAUGGGGUUGGUGGCCAUAGGGUUGACCGCCAUGGGGCUAUUGGCCAUGGGGCUAUUGGCCAUGGGGCCGGUGGCCGUGGGGCUGUCGACCCCCUGGCGGGGGUGGAGGUGGAGGUGGUGGGGGCCGGGGGCCGGACCCUGAGGCGACGGGUGCUGGGGCUGGGCCGGGCCCGGGGGGCCCUCAACAUCUGGGACUUCUGAUGGGGCACUUGGGGGGAAGUUGGAGGCGCUUGGGGGUUAUUGGGGUACUUGGGGGGUGCUUGAGGGGCACUUGGGGGCAGUUGUGGGUCCCUGGGGGCAGUUAGAGGGACUUGGAGGGCAGUUGUGGGGCGCUUGAAGUGGUUGGAGGGCAGUUGGGGGGGUCCCCAUUGGGGGGAGGGGGGUGGGUGCGCUAGGACCCAGGGCAGGAGGGGGCGUGGCCUUACCCAAGGAAGCGGAGCCACCCGUGGAAACCACGCCCCUCCCUGCUGCCGAUUGGCUGUUGUGUGUGACAUCAUCAAUGGCCCCUCCCGGGGGGGGGGGGGCUUGUGGCUCCCUAUGUGAAAGAGCCGCGAGUCAUGGGCGGGGCCAUGCAAAUGAUGUCAAUAAACUGAUUGAAGGGA